UAAAAAUAAAACUAUAUUACGUAAACUAAAAUCUAAACAGCUGAACAAGCUUAAACCCAACAUCACAGCAAUGGCUGAAGAGGCGUUUCCUUUGCAUUAUCUGGUGUGGAACAAUCAAUAUCAAGAACUGGACCGAGAGCUUCAGAAAAAGCAGCAUGACACAGGGCGGCUGGAUCCGCGCGGGCGCACGCCGCUCGAGUUGUCCGUGUGUCUCGGGCACCUGGAGUCCACGCGCGUCUUACUGAGACACAACGCGGAUCCGACGCAAAGCAACGCACAGGGAUGGACAGUUUUGCAGGAGGCAGUGAGCACCGGAGACCCUGAGCUUGUGCAGCUGAUCCUUCAGUACAGAGACUUCAGAAGAGCCACAGAGAGACUGUCUGGUAUUCCUGAGCUGCUGAGCAAACUGAGACAGGCACGCGAUUUCUACGUGGAGAUGAAAUGGGAAUUUACUAGCUGGGUUCCUCUAGUGUCGAAAGUUUGUCCAAGCGAUGUGUAUCGUGUAUGGAAAAGCGGUUCGUGUUUGAGGGUCGACACCACUUUAUUGGGCUUUGAGCACAUGACUUGGCUUAAGGGCCGACGCAGUUACAUCUUUAAGGGUGGAGAGAGCGGGGCCAUGGUGAUGGAGGUGGACCACGAGAAGCAGGUGGUGUAUACAGAACCGCUGUCUCUCUCUCCGCGGGACACUCCCUCUCUGCUCGCCGCCAUGCUGCCCUCGCAGGAGAACACGGCCCAGAGAAUCACCUCUCCUAUAGUGUCCACUCAUCUCAACACACGCAACAUUGCCUUCGAGAGAAAUAAGUCUGGGAUUUGGGGAUGGCGCUCCGAGAAGACGGAGGCUGUCAGUGGAUAUGAAGCAAAGGUUUACAGUGCUAAUAAUGUGGAGUUAGUGACACGUUCUCGGACUGAACACCUUUCUGAUCAGGACAAGUCUAGGAGUAAAGGAUGUAGAACUCCUCUACAGUCGUUCCUUGGUAUUGCUGAGCAGCACAUCUCUAGUACUGGGAGUCAGGUUUCUCAGUGCGCUAGUCCCCAUAAACCAACAGCUAUCACAGCGGAGGAGUACUUUGAUGCAGAGUUUAAUCUUAACGGCAGAGAUAUUGGGCGGCCUAUUGAGCUCACCAGCAAAGUGCAGAGGUUUAAGGCCACACUGUGGUUGAGUGAAGUUCAUCCUCUCUCGCUGGCUGAGCAGGUUACGCCCAUCAUUGACCUCAUGGCCAUAUCUAACGCCCACUUCGCCAAGCUGCGUGACUUCAUCACCUUACGCCUGCCACCUGGCUUUCCUGUAAAGAUUGAAAUUCCUCUCUUCCAUGUGUUGAAUGCUCGAGUGACAUUCAGCAAUCUGUGUGGCUGUGAUGAACCGGUCAGUUCUGUUACUGUACUAUCUCCUCAAGGAGCCACAGAGGCCGGUCAGGCGCCUCCCCCUCUGCAGUGUGAAGUGGACCCGUCUGUGUUUGAGCCUCCCCCAGAAUACACCACACUUGGACCAGGCCGCAGUGAACCGAUGAGGGAUGAGGAUGAUAAUUUACUCCAGUUCGCCAUUCAACAGAGCCUGCUGGACGCGGGAACAGAGAGUGACCAGGUGACCAUAUGGGAGGCUCUCACUAACACUCGUCCAGUUUCUCAGCCUCCGCUUUAUGAGGAGGACUCUCAGCUUGAGAGGGCGAUUCAGGAGUCUCUGUCUUUGUCACUGGCUGGAGGAGAGAGUGUGGAGUCCGAUGCUGGCGAGCCGUUAUCCCCGUCUGAUCCCGCACUCAUCUCACCUCCGUCUUACAGCUCACUGACCGAGCCUCGGCCGCCCGGAGCGAUUGCUGUGGCCACCAGUUUUGAUGAACAGCUACGCAUUGCGAUGGAGCUUUCCUGCAGAGAACAGGAGGAGUUAGACAGGAAGAGGAGGGAAGAGGAGGAAGAGCUGGAGAGGAUACUACAGCUGUCUCUCACAGAGAAGUAACUGUAGCAAUGCUUGAUGUGGGUUUAACAGAGUAAUUUAUUGGUUGUGUUUUUUUUUCCUGCAAUGUUAAAUUAUUCUUCUUCUAGAUUCUUCGCUCUUUAUUUCUUUUCCAAAAUAAUAAAGAUGGAAUAGAUGGAG